UGUCAUGUUGUAGCUGCUGUAGCAUUGUCGUGUUAGGGAAACGACACACCCAGAAAAUUGUCUUUGGUCUUUCUGGAUUCAUCCCCUAUAAAUUAAAUUAAAUUCUCCUCUCGAAUUUAGGAACUUGAGGCCUUUAACAAUCGAAACAGCAAAUUAAAGCUACGCCAAGCAAAAAAUAAAAAGAAAAAGAAAAAAAAAUGGAGAAUCAGUGCCAGAAUGGAACUGAAACUCUUCUCAAAGUGUCAACUCUCAAUUGCAUCGAUCUUUCUAAUCCUGAUAUUCAUCAAUCUGUCUCUUUACUAAAGCAGGCUUGUUUAGAUUGUGGGUUUUUUUACUUGAUAAACCAUGGGAUAAGCCAGGAAUUCAUGGAUGAAGUAUUUGGUCAAAGCAAGAGCUUUUUUGAAUUGCCAUUAAAUGAGAAAAUGAAAGUUUUGAGGAAUGAAAAACACAGAGGAUACACCCCAGUGCUUGAUGAGCUUCUUGACCCUGAUAAUCAAGUUCAUGUAGGAGACUACAAAGAGGGGUAUUACAUAGGUGUGGAAGUACCCGAAGAUGAUCCUGAAGCGGAGAAGCCGUUUUACGGACCAAAUGUUUGGCCUGAAGAUGGUCUUUUGCCUGGAUGGAGGCAAACUAUGGAAAAAUUCCAUCACCAGGCAUUGGAGGUGGCAAAAGCAGUUGCAAGAAUCAUAGCGCUUGCACUUGGCCUAGAGGUUGAUUUUUUUGAUAAGCCUGAGAUGCUCGGGAAGCCUAUUGCCACCUUGCGGUUACUACACUAUGGAGGUCAAGUUUCUGAUCCAUCAAAAGGAUUAUAUGGAGCUGGAGCACAUUCUGAUUACGGAUUGAUUACGCUUUUGGCAACAGAUGAUGUGAUGGGUCUGCAAAUAUGCAAAGAUAAAGAUGCAAAACCUCAGAUAUGGGAGUAUGUAGCACCGGUAAAAGGAGCUUUUAUAGUCAAUCUUGGGGACAUGCUCGAACGGUGGAGCAACUGUAUAUUCAAGUCCACUUUGCACCGAGUUUUGGGGAAUGGUCAGGAGAGAUAUUCUAUUGCAUACUUUGUUGAGCCGAGUCAUGACUGUCUUGUCGAAUGUUUACCCACUUGCAAGUCCGAAAACAAUCCUCCCAAGUUUCCACCGAUCUAUUGUGCAACGUACCUGAGCCAACGAUACAAGGACACUCAUGCUGAGUUAAGCGUAUACGAGAAACAUCAAACUUGAAGUCCUCCUGGAUUAUGUCUAGGUAUAAGGUUACCUUAUAAUUUUCGUAUCAUAGGCUCAUUAUCAAUUUCAAAAUCUAUUUUACCUAAUAUCAAACGUUAGAAAAAUCUAUUUUACUCAAAAUGUAUAUGUAUUACAAUAACGGGUUAUCAUUCCUAAUAAAAAGUUAUUCACAGUUUUUCCA